AUGUCUAGCUACGAACAACUUCACCGACAGUGCAGGACACUGGAAAAUCUCUUCGACACCAAACUCACAUCCUACUCGCAGCUCGUUUCGACUAUCUCUCGUCCUUCAGAAGAUGUAGAAGCCGAAGGUUCGAGAGCUAGGUGGAAAGAUCUUGAAAUGGAGGCCGAGGAACUACUGGAAAAGGCGAUUACUCAGCUAGAAGAAACUAAUGAACAACUGGCUGCACUCGAUUCCGAAAUCCUGUCGCCGUCUAUGUUACGUGCAAUACAGAGACACAGAGAACUGUUCCAGGACAACUCUCGAGAACUCAAGCGUACAAAAACUAGCGUUCAAAACGCUUUGGACCAGGCAAAUCUACUGAGCGGUGUGAGGAAUGACAUCGACGCAUACAAAUCUUCCGCCGCUGACUCAUUGCUCGCCGAACGAGGAAGGAUUGACAGCUCACAUCGUAUGACAGAUGAUCUUAUCAAUCAAGCCUACGAAACGCGUGCAGAUCUUGCUAGGCAACGUUCUUCAUUAUCAGGCAUCAAUACCCGUGUUGGUAAUGCUCUCAAUACUUUGCCCGGUAUCAACAAUCUGGUGUCCAUGAUCAAGUCCAGACGAAGGCGGGAUUCUGUCAUUCUAGGAAUUGUGAUUGGAAUCUGUAUCAUACUUAUCAUAUCUUACUUGUGGUAA